AUGGACAGCGCAAAUUCAGAGGCGACGCCCGAGCCUCAAGUUAUCUUCCGAGGAAAGAAGAGGAAGACGUACAGGCAACGAGCCGAACCAACCAGCGACACCAACAUCAACAACAACAACGUCAACGAAGACGCAUCUCCCGCAACCACCGCCGCCGAAGCGCCGCAACCAGCAACCGCAUCGCCAAACCUCACCGAGGCCCCGACGACGACGACGGCGACGGAGGAAGAAGAGAAGGAGAGCGGAUUGACGGUAAGCGAGGUCCUGCGCCUCCGCAACGCGCGAAAGGCGCGGCUAGGCGGCGUCAAGUUCGGCGGCCCUACCAGCGAUGCGCCGCCGUCCGCGACCGCGACCGAGAUGCUGGACGACCUGAGCCUGAUGAUCCGCGAGGAGGAGGGCAAGGUGCUGGACGUCGCGGCCGGCGUGCAGAAGCGGUUCGCGCCGCAGACGGGGCUGUCGACCGAGCUUGUUAAUAAGCACAUGGAGGAAUACAUAGAAUCCGAAUUAGCCAGGCGACACCACGCAGUCGUUUCCUCGUCAUCCACCAGCGCCGCUGCUCCAUCCCCUGCCCCGCGGGGUAUAGGGUUAGUCGUACCGUCUUCGUCUAGCAGCCAGCACCACCAGGAGCCGCGAAACAAUAAAGACAUUACUGGUAUAGGAAGCGACACGAAACCGCCCGCGCACCCGCACCGCGCGCUGCAGGGCCAGCUCAUGGAGAUCGACCUCGGCGACGAAGCGCGCAGCCGCAACGAGGCGCUGACGGAGCGCGCCACGCGCCGCAUACUGCACGGCGAGGCCGUCGCCGACGACGACGACGACACGGACGGCAAGAGCGGCGGCGGCGGGCGCCCGAGGAAGGUGCGAUUGGGGCGAGACGGCAAGCCCUGGCGUCCGCGGAAUCGCAGGACUAGCGACGACGUGAGGAGGGACCAGUUGGUCGAGGAGAUAUUACGGGAGAACAGACACGUCUACGAAACCCCCACGCCCCCCGCGGCGCCGACCCCCGGCGGCGGCGCCGACGGCGCGGAGCCGGACGGCGCGGCGGACGACCGCAUCGCGGAGGAGUUCCGGCGCGAGUUCAUGGACGCGCAGGCCGAGCGCCAGCAGAAGCGCAAGAAGCCGGCCAACGCGCCGCCCGGCGGGGGUUCCGGCGGCCCCGGCGGUAGCAAGGGCGGCCAGAAGGAUGAGGAUGUGCUGAAGGGCCCCAAGCUCGGCGGCAGUCGUAACGUGCGCGCUGCUAUGCGUAAUUUGCUGCUGGAGAAGGCGAAAGAGGCUAAGAGGCCUGGGCGGUGA